UUUUACUCUUCCAAUCCAUGAAGAAGAGUAAUUUUUCAUUACAAAUGGCUGCCAUACAUUUUCUCUUUCUGAUUUUCUUGUCCAACUUCUACUUUGAGAUUGCUCACGCAGCUGAAUACACUAAUGAAUUCGCUGAAAGGAACAACUUACAGACCUACAUUAUCCAUGUCAGUAAACCAGAAGGAAGGACAUUUUCCCAGACAGAUGAUCUGGAGAGGUGGCACAAGUCAUUUUUACCAUUUAACAUGGCGAGCUCUGAGAAGCAGCAGCAACGUUUUCUUUACUCGUACCAGAAUAUAAUCAGUGGUUUUGCUGCAAGACUGACACAGGAGGAAGUGAAGGCCAUGGAGGAGAUUGACGGCUUUGUGUCAGCACGUCCUGAAAGGAAAAUACGUUUACAAACAACACACACUCCCAGCUUCUUGGGUUUGAACCAGCAAAUGGGAUUCUGGAAAGAAUCAAACUUUGGCAAGGGAGUGAUCAUUGGAGUACUAGAUGGUGGCAUUUUCCCCAGCCAUGUUUCAUUCAGUGAUGAAGGAAUACCACCACCGCCAGCCAAAUGGAAAGGGAGAUGUGACUUCAAUGCAUCAGAAUGUAACAACAAACUAAUUGGUGCAAGGACUUUCAAUCUCGCAGCUACGGCCAUGAAGGGAGCAGCGGACGAGCCGCCAAUUGAUGUAGAUGGCCAUGGGACUCACACAGCAAGCACAGCCGCUGGUAGAUUUGUAUACAACGCUGAUACAUUAGGAAAUGCCAAAGGCACAGCAGCUGGGAUGGCAGCUUAUGCUCAUCUGGCUAUUUACAAAGUGUGCUUUGGAGAUCCUAAUGAUGAUUGUCCUGAAAGUGAUGUAUUAGCUGGAAUGGAUACAGCAGUACAGGAUGGUGUUGAUGUGCUUUCACUCUCCCUUGGUGAUGUGUCAAUGCCAUUUUUCCAAGAUAACAUCGCAAUAGGCUCGUUUGCAGCAAUUCAGAAAGGAAUAUUUGUAAGCUGUGCAGCAGGAAAUGCUGGCCCUUCCAACGGCACAUUAUCCAAUGAAGCUCCGUGGAUUCUCACAGUUGGAGCAAGCACCAUAGAUAGAAGAAUUGUUGCAACAGCAAAGCUCGGUGAUGGUGAAGAAUUAGAUGGUGAAUCCGUUUUCCAGCCUAGCAACUUCUCCAAAACACUAUUACCAAUCGUUUAUGCUGGCAUGAACGGUAAACCAGAGUCAGCAUUUUGUGGUGAGGGAGCAUUGGAAGGUGAGGAUGUGAAAGGCAAAAUAGUUUUGUGCGAAAGAGGAGGAGGAAUUGGCAGAAUUGCUAAAGGAGAGGAAGUAAAAAACGCUGGGGGUGCUGCUAUGAUACUCAUGAAUGAUGAGGCUAGUGGCUUCAACACCAUAGCUGAUCCUCAUGUCCUUCCUGCAACACAUGUCAGCUUUUCUUCAGGGCUGAAGAUCAAAGCAUAUAUAAAUUCAACAAAGAUGCCAAUGUCAACUAUCUUAUUCAAAGGAACUAUGAUUGGAGAUCCAUUAUCUCCAGCUGUUGCUUCAUUCUCAUCGAGAGGCCCCAGCUUGGCAAGCCCAGGAAUUCUGAAACCUGAUAUCAUUGGCCCUGGUGUGAGCAUUCUAGCUGCAUGGCCUUUCCCACUUGACAAUACUAACACAGGCACAAAAUCAACCUUCAACAUAAUGUCUGGAACUUCAAUGGCAUGCCCUCAUCUUAGCGGUAUUGCAGCCUUGCUCAAGAGCUCCCACCCUUACUGGUCACCAGCAGCCAUUAAAUCCGCCAUAAUGACCACCGCCGAUAUCCUGAACUUGGAAGGGAAACCCAUUGUUGAUGAAACACAUGAAGCAGCUGAUAUCUUCGCCACUGGUGCAGGCCACGUAAAUCCUCCAAGAGCAAAUGACCCAGGAUUAAUUUAUGACAUCCAACCAGACGAUUAUAUACCUUACUUGUGUGGCCUGGGCUACAAAGAUGAGCAAAUCAGCAUAAUUGCACAUAGACCAAUAAAGUGCUCAGACAAACCGAGCAUACCUGAAGCUGAACUGAACUAUCCUUCAUUUUCAGUCACACUUGGACCUUCACAGACUUUCACAAGGACUGUGACAAAUGUAGGGGAUGCAAAUUCAGUUUACGUGCCAACCAUUGUUCCUCCGCCAGGAGUUGGUGUGAGUGUCAAGCCCUCUAAACUUUACUUCUCAGGGAUGAACCAGAAGGCAACAUACUCGGUGACAUUCACUCGUAAUGGAAAUGGCGGCAAAACAAGUGAAUUUUCUCAAGGAUAUAUGUCAUGGGUUUCUGCUAAGCACUUUGUCAGGAGUCCAAUCUCUGUGAGGUUCGAAUGAAAAAAGGAUGCAGUUAUCCUGAACUUAGUAGGCAAGCUAAUGACUUGCGUCAUAAAAUCCUGUUGCUAUAUCUGAUUGCGGACAAUGAAAUUAUAAUUCUAUAAUUUCCUGUGCAUUUAAUGCAACAGAAAGGAUAAUUAAAAAAAAUCUGAAUUUCCUGCAAGUUUG